UCACAAUAUUAUUAUUAUUUUUAUUUAUAGUAAUAAUAUUCAUAAACUCCAUCCACAAUAAUAGUGGACUCAAAUAUCAUUUACAACAAUAUUCACUUAUAAUAAUAUAAGUGUUGUUUAUGAAGUGACAAUGAUGGAUGAAGAGAAUAUAUAAUAAAAAAUGUUUAGAAAACGAAUUUUUUGAGCACUAGCAUUCACUUUGUUUAUUAGUUGGUUGCAGGUACCUUGUCGUACCCACGGAAGCUUCCUUAAAUAAAUCCAAAGCAUCCAUCGCGUUUCAAGCACCACACAAUACCACCAAAUCUUGUUAAGUGAGACAGAGAUGGAGCCUGCCCACCACCUGCACUUCGACGUCAUCGUCAUCGGCGCCGGCGUCAUGGGCAGCUCCGCCGCCUACCAGACCUCCAAGCGCCGCCUCAAAACCCUCCUCCUCGAGCAGUUCGACUUCCUCCACCACCGCGGCUCCUCCCACGGCGAGUCCCGCACCACCCGCGCCACCUACCCCGAGGACUACUACUCCGCCAUGGUCCUCGAGUCCUCCCGCCUCUGGCGCCAAGCCGAGGCCGAAGCCGGCUACAAAGUCUGCUUCUCCACCAGGCAGCUCGACAUCGGCCCCUCCCACAACAAAGCCCUCCUCGCCGUCAUCGACAGCUGCCGCAAGAACUCCAUCCCCGCCGCCGUCCUCCACCGCGGCCAGCUCCUCGACGAGUUCUCCGGAAUGUUCGACAUUCCGGAGGACUGGAUCGGCGUCGUCACCCAGCACGGCGGCGUCAUCAAGCCCACCAAGGCCGUCGCCAUGUUCCAAACCCUCGCGCUCCGGAACGGCGCCGUGCUGAGGGACAACGCCGAGGUGGUGAGCGUGUGCAGGGACGCAGAAACAAACGCGAUCGCCGUGGCCACCGCCGACGGCGUGAGGUACCGCUGCCGGAAAUGCGUGAUCACGGCGGGGCCGUGGACGCGAAAGCUGGUGAAGAAGGUGAGGGGAAUCGAGCUCCCCGUUCAGCCGUUGGAGACGGCCGUGCACUACUGGAAGGUCAACGAGGGGCAUGAAGGUAAAUUCACGAUCGAGAGCGGCUUCCCGACGUUCGCGAGCUACGGCGAGCCGUACAUAUACGGCACGCCGUCGCUGGAGUUCCCGGGAUUGGUGAAGAUCCCGGCGCACGCGGGGCGCGCGUGCGAGCCCGAGGAGCGGACGUGGGGGGCGCCCGCCGCGCUAGUGGAGGCGCUGAGGGGGUGGAUCAAGGGUCGGUUCGGGGAGAUGAUCGACGUCGGGAAGCCGGUGCUGUCGCAAUCGUGCAUGUACUCGAUGACCCCCGACGAGGACUUCGUCAUCGAUUUCCUCGGCGGGGAGUUCGGGGAGGACGCGGUGGUGUGCGGCGGCUUCUCCGGGCACGGGUUUAAGAUGGCGCCGGUGGUGGGGCGGGUGGCGGCGGAGCUCGUGGCGAGCGGGCGGGCGGAGGGCGUGGACCUCACGCACUUCCGAGUGGGGAGGUUUGAAGGUGAUAAUUGUAAUGGGAAUGCUAAGGAUUUCGAUGAUCAAGUCAUGUCACAUUGAUUUGCAACUCAAAUUUGUAUUUGCAACUGUGUGUAGUAGUUUAGUUGGUUGUCACAUACCUGUGAUUCUAGUUUACCAACAAAAUACAGGUAAGUUAUGUCACUCUCAUCCCACGUGUCUUAAUUCUUAUCAUGUUUAUCAAGGCUUUCAUGAUUGCUUCAUCUGUACUCACUCUGUCCUUGAAUAAAUGUACUAUUUUGAAAAUAA